UCUCUUCAAAUAAAAAAACCUCACACAAUCUUUUCACAAAAACAAAAAACCACUUCUCCCAACCGCCGCCAGAAAACCGGACCACCCGACCAAACCACCAUGUCUUCUUCCGGCGCCACCAAUCCAACCACCCACCAACUAUCCCAAAUCUCAUCAAUCCUCAAUUCCGACAACAAUUCCCAAUUCGAAACCCUAAUCUCUCACUUAAUGUCCGCCGCAAACGACCAACGUUCAGAAGCCGAAACCCUUUUCAACUUAUCCAAACAACUUCAUCCCGACAACCUCGUACUCAAACUUUCCCAUUUGUUACAUGUUUCCCCACACCCGGAAGCACGUGCUAUGUGUGCCGUCCUGUUGCGACGCAUCCUGACCGUUAGUUCAUCGUACGAUGAUGCGUCGCAACAAGGCGGCGUUGGGGGAUUAUAUACAGGUCUUGUAUCUAAUACCCAAGUUACUUUAAAGUCAAUUUUACUUGAAUGUGUUAUUAAAGAAACAAAUAAAUCUAUAAUUAAAAAAUUAUGUGAUACUAUUUCUGAAUUAUCUGCUAUUAUAAUGCCCGAAAACGGAUGGCCCGAAUUAUUGCCUUUUAUGUUUCAAUGUGUUAGUUCUGGUAAUGAUAUACAUAGGGAAAGUGCUUUGUUGAUAUUUGCACAAUUAGCACAAUAUAUUGGGGAAUUGUUGAUUCCGCAUGUAGAGACGUUGCAUCGUGUGUUUUUAGGGUGUUUGGGUAACGGUAUGAUUGCGGAUGUUAGGAUUGCGGCGUUGGGUGCGUCGAUUAAUUUUAUUCAGUGUUUAGAGAAGGCGUCGGAUAGGGAUAAGUUUCAUGAUUUGCUUCCGUUGAUGAUGCAAACGUUGAACGAAGCGUUGGUUUCUGGGGAGGAGGCGACGGCGCAAGAAGCGUUGGAGUUGUUGAUUGAGUUGGCGGGGACGGAGCCGAGGUUUUUAAGGAGGAGUAUUGUUGAGGUUGUUGGAGCGAUGUUGCAAAUUGCGGAAGCUGAAAGUUUUGAAGAAGGGACUAAGCAUUUGGCGCUUGAGUUUGUUGUUACGUUGGCGGAAGCGAGAGAGAGGGCGCCUGGGAUGAUUAGGAAGCUGCCGCAGUUUGUUAAGAGGUUGUUUGAGGUUUUGAUGAAGAUGUUGUUGGAUGUUGAAGAUGAUCCUGAUUGGCAUGGUGCUCAGAUUGAACACGAGGAUGCCGGUGAGACUAGUAAUUAUAGCGCUGGUCAAGAAUAUCUCGAUAGGUUAUCGAUUUCUUUAGGUGGAAAUACUAUUGUUCCUGUUAUUUCUGAGAUUUUUCCGGCUUAUUUGGCUGCACCCGAGUGGCAAAAGCAUCAUGCGGCGCUUAUUGCUUUAGCUCAAAUCGCAGAAGGUUGCUCAAAGGUUAUGACAAAGAACUUGGAGCAAGUUGUUGCGAUGAUGUUGAACUCAUUUCAAGAUCCCCAUCCUCGAGCUAGAUGGGCAGCUAUCAAUGCAAUUGGUCAACUAUCUACCGACCUUGGCCCAGAUUUGCAAAAUCAGUAUCACCAUCUUGUGCUUCCAGCUUUAGCUUCCGCAAUGGAUGAUUUUCAUAAUCCACGGGUGCAAGCACACGCAGCUUCGGCGGUGCUUAACUUCAGCGAAAAUUGUACACCAGAACUUUUACAGCCAUAUUUGGAUGGGAUCGUGGGGAAAUUACUUGUAUUGUUGCAGAAUCCUAAGCAGAUGGUUCAAGAGGGGGCUUUGACUGCUUUGGCGUCGGUUGCUGACUCAUCUCAGGACCAUUUUCAAAAGUAUUAUGAUGCAGUCAUGCCUUACUUAAAAGCCAUACUGGUGAAUGCAAAUGACAAAGCUAAUCGUAUGCUUCGCGCAAAAUCUAUGGAGUGUAUUAGUUUGGUUGGCAUGGCCGUUGGAAAAGACAAGUUCAAGGAUGAUGCUAAGCAGGUUAUGGAUGUUCUUAUGGCCUUGCAAGGUUCUCAACUUGAGACAGAUGAUCCUACUAUAAGCUAUAUGUUACAAGCAUGGGCAAGGCUUUGUAAGUGCCUAGGGCAAGAUUUCCUUCCUUACAUGAAUGUUGUCAUGCCACCGUUGCUUCACUCCGCUCAACUUAAACCUGAUGUUACCAUUACAUCUGCUGAUUCAGAUGCUGAUAUUGACGAAUCUGAUGAUGAAAGCAUUGAGACUAUCACACUUGGAGAUAAGAGGAUAGGGAUCAAGACUAGUGUCCUUGAGGAAAAGGCUACUGCCUGCAACAUGCUCUGUUGCUACGCUGAUGAGUUGAAGGAAGGAUUUUUCCCCUGGAUUGAUCAGGUUGCUCCAACUUUAGUACCACUGUUGAAAUUUUAUUUUCAUGAAGAAGUUAGGAAGGCUGCAGUUUCAGCUAUGCCGGAGCUUCUCCGAUCAGCAAAACUAGCUGUUGAGAAUGGACAAUCUCAGGGACGCAAUGAAUCCUAUGUAAAGCAGUUGUCUGACUAUAUCAUUCCAGCUUUAAUAGAGGCUUUACACAAGGAACCUGAGACUGAAAUUUGUUCAAGUAUGCUGGAUGCUAUUAAAGAAUGUAUACAGAUUUGUGGGCCUCUGUUGGAUGAAAACCAAGUUAGAAGCAUUGUCGAAGAGCUAAAGCAGGUUAUGACAGCCAGUGCAGCUAGAAGAAAUGAAAGAGCCGAGAGAAUUAAAGCCGAGGACUUUGAUGCAGAAGAGGGGGAAAUGCUCAAGGAAGAAAAUGAGCAAGAAGAAGAACUUUUUGAUCAAGUUGGUGACUGUUUGGGUACCCUACUUAAGACCUUCAAGGCUCCAUUUCUACCUCUUUUUGAAGAACUAUUACCUUAUUUGAUGCCUAUGUGGGGCAAUGGUAGGACAUCCGAGGAGAAAAGAAUAGCCAUUUGCAUAUUUGAUGAUGUUGUUGAGCAUUGUCGAGAUGCAGCUUUAAAAUAUUAUGAUACCUUCCUACCACUCGUGUUGGAAGCAUGCAAUGAUACAAGCACUGAUGUCCGCCAGGCUGCUGUUUAUGGGGUUGGUUUAUGUGCGGAGUUUGGUGGAGGUGCAUUCAAACCAUUUGUUGUUGAUGCCCUUUCUAGAUUAGAUGCUGUUAUAAGACGCCCCGAUGCAUUGCAUCCAGAUAAUGUUAUGGCUUAUGACAAUGCUGUUUCAGCUCUUGGCAAGAUAUGCCAAUAUCAUCGUGAUGCUAUUAAUGCUGCCCAGAUUGUCCCUGCAUGGUUAAACUGCUUGCCAAUAAAAGGCGACUUGAUUGAGGCUAAAGUUGUCCAUGACCAGCUUUGCUCUAUGGUGGAAAGGUCGGAUGGAGAAUUAUUGGGACUUAACCAUCAGUAUCUUCCAAAGAUAGUUGCAGUAUUUGCAGAUGUUCUUUCUGCUGGUAAAGAUUUGGCCUCCGAACAAACUGUUAGCCGAAUGAUUAAUCUUCUGAGGCAGCUCCAGCAAACAUUACCUCCAUCUGCUAUGGCAUCAACCUUAUCAUCUCUACAACCUCAACAGCAGCUUGCACUACAAUCAAUCCUCUCUUCUUAAAGGUUUUGAUACCUUCUUUUUGUAUCUGUUUCGUGUGUUUUAUUUUUCUUUAUAUUCACAAUAUAUACUUAAAAUUCAUUUUUGCAUGCAUUUGGCGUGAAAGGAAGUCAAAAAAUGUGAGAAAUAUAGUCAUAGGAUGUGCAUAUACAUGUUACAGUUUUGAAUUGAUUUGGUACUUACAAGUACUUGGUAAUUUUGUCCAGAAAGAUACAGAAUUCUAUGGUCUUGUAUUGGUUUUGCAUAAUGAGAUUGGAGAAGAGUGAAAUUUUGUGGA